GCGCGGCCGCGCGCGCGCCACCUCGCCGCGCGCAUGGGCGCCGCGGUCGCGCAGCCCGCGUUCAGCCCGCCUCCGCCGGAUCCGCCCUGGCUGGCGCUUCCGGACGCGCCCGGGCCCGAGGCCGCAGCCACAGCGCCGGUGCCCAUCGCGGCGGAGGACGGAGCGGGGGCGCCGGGUGCCGGCGCGUCCCUGCCCGCGGUGCUGGCUCGGCGGCUCAUCCUGCAGCGGGGCGGGGGCUGCGCGUCCGGCGUGGCCGGCAUGGGCCCGCUGCUGGUGGCGUUCGCGAGGAAAGCCGCCAAGCAGCAGGACAGCCAGAGGGCGGCCGCGGAGGAGGGCUUCCAGGACAUCCUUCCCUGGGCGAAAUGCCAUCCGGCGGUCGACGAGCGGUCCGCUUUCGAAUCCGCGUCGGCAGCUAGCUCUCGGCGACGGCGCCGCUUCUGACAGCCUCUUGCGCGCCCCAGCC